AUGCCUGAUGAUGAAGAUGACAGGGUCAAGUCUCGUACGAUGCAACUUUUUACAGAAAAAUACUUGGGGAAGAUGGUAGUUGCCACCCUCCAACCAGCUGAAGAGCAACCAUGGGAGCCGACAUCCUGGCUGAGAGCAAACAUAUUUGCUGAGCUGGCAAUUAAUGGCCGUACAUCAACAGCAACAGGGGUCAGCCCCUUCUAUCUAAGCCAUGGGUACAACCUCAGCCCAUUUACCCCUACCAAGGAGGUAGAGCAUCUAGCUGAAGAACCAACCAAGAGUCCUAUCCAGAAAGGGGAAGCCAUCGUACAGAAAGUUAAGGAAGCCCUAGACUGGGCUCAAGCCUCCAUGGCCUAUUCCCAACAGAAUACAGAGAAUCAGGCUAAUAAACACAGGAGCCCGGCCACAAACUACCAAGUAGGAAAUAAGGUCUGGCUAAGUCUGAAGAACAUCUGUAUGGACCGACCCAGUAAGAAACUUGACUGGAAGAACGCCAAGUAUGAGGUUAUAGGCCUGGUGGGCAGUCAUGCUGUACGGCUGAAUACGCCCCCAGGGAUCCAUCCAGUCUUCCAUGUGGACCUGCUUCGGCUGGCUUCAUCAGAUCCACUUCCUUCCCAGAAGAAUGAUGAUAGCCAGCCCCCUAGCAUCAUGGUGAACGGUGAGGAAGAAUACAUGGUAGAGAAAAUCCUGGACGAACGUCGCAGGAGAUACGGGAGAGACUUCAGGACGGCUCACUAA